GCGCUGCCUGGGCUGAUGCUGGGACUCGCCGCGCGGCUGCUGCCCGGCGCCGUGGUCCCGACAGCACGCGAGCCGCGGGGAGUCGCCGCUGGAGAGGGGCUCGGCGCCCGGCGGGGACUGCAGGCGAUGACUCAGGAUGCAGCCAGGGGCCACGACGUGCACGGAGGACCGUAUCCAGCAUGCCCUGGAGCGCUGCCUGCAUGGCCUCAGCCUCAGCCGCUGCUCUACCUCCUGGUCAGCCGGGCUGUGUCUCAACUGCUGGAGCCUGCAGGAGCUGGUCAGCAGGGAUCCGGGCCACUUCCUUAUCCUCCUGGAGCAGAUCUUACAGAAGACUCGAGAGAAAAAAAAGAAAGUGCAGAAAAAGAAAGCGCUGCUCUGUUCUGCACCUGUGAUGAGCCUCACGCUGCCUUCCUGUCCCGUCCACAGGUCCAGGAGAAGGGCACCUAUGACCUUCUCGCCCCCCUGGCUCUGCUUUUCUACUCCACUGUUCUCUGCACACCACACUUCCCGCCAGAUUCAGAUCUCCUUCUGAAAGCAGCCAGAACCUACCACCGCUUCCUGACCUGGCCUGUUCCCUACUGCAGUAUCUACCAGGAGCUGCUCACCUUCAUUGAUGCUGAACUCAAGGCCCCAGGAAUCUCCUACCAGCGGCUGGUGAGGGCCGAGCAGGGCCUGUCCAUCAGGAGUCACCGCAGUUCUACCGUCACCGUGCUGUUGUUGAACCCGGUGGAGGUUCAGGCCGAGUUCCUCGCCGUGGCCAAUAGGCUGAGCGCACCCGGCCACUCGCCCCACAGCGCCUACACCACGCUGCUCCUUCACGCCUUCCAGGCCACCUUCGGGGCCCACUGCGACCUCCCAGGCCUGCACUGCAGGCUGCAGGUAUGUGCCCGGGGCCCCUGGGGUUUAUUUAGCAUCACUCCCCCCUCCCAUCAGAGCAGAGUCCCUCUCUGGCUCUGUCCCGGUGCUGCCGUCUCCCGGGUACGCCGGCCUCCCCCCACCCGGGCCAGCCCGGCCCCUUCCCCUCUCUGGGCCGCAGCGACGAGCUCGGGACUAGCACUCCCCGCCCCCCCCCCCAAGUUGGCGGUGCUCUGGCCCUGGUCUGGGCCCUUCUCUGGCGCCCGUGUCCCGAGAAGAGGGGCCCCGGGCAGGAGGCCCGGCCCCCUGGCCAGCUGUGAGUGCAGGUGGGUGACGAGGCAGGGAGGAGACCGGUGGGUGCUGCCGUCGGCGAGACCCCGGGACCUGGAGGGGUGGGGCCGGCGAGCCGCGGUUCGGCAGCAAGCCCGUCCGCCCCUGGGGUUUCAGUCCAAGAGCCUGGCCGAGCUGGAAGACAUCUUCACGGAGACCGCGGAGGCACAGGAGCUGGCGUCCAGCAUCGGGGACGCGGCCGAGGCCCGGCAGUGGCUCAGGACCAAGCUGCAGGCGGUGGGAGAGAAAGCCGGCUUCCCUGGUGUCUUAGACACGGCCAAACCCGGCAAACUCUGCACCAUCCCCAUCCCGGUGGCCAGGUGCCACACCUACAACUGGAACCAGGACAGCUUCGACGUCCUGCAGGAGAUCCUGCUCCAAGAACAGGAGCUGCUCCAGCCAGGGAUCCUGGGGGACGAGGAGGAGGAAGAGGAGGAGGAGGAGGAGGACGACGACUUGGAAACGGAAGGGCGUUGCGCCCAGAGGGACUCCCUGCUCUCCACCAGCUCCGCGGUCUUCCACGACUCCACCCUGUCCCUUGCCUCGCCCCAGGCCUCGGGGCCCACCCUGUCCCGCCAGCUGCUGACCUCCUUCGUGUCAGGCCUCUCGGACGGCGUGGACAGCGGCUACGUGGAGGACAGCGAGGACAGCUCCUCCUCGGGGUGGCCCAAGAGGCCUGGCGGCCAGGGGCGCCGGCUCCACCGCCGGCCGGGGCAGAAGUUCAACAGGAUCUAUAGACUGUUCAAGAGCACGGGCCAGCUGGUGCUGCGGCGGGACUCCCGGGGCGCGGAGGGCGGCGGCGCGGACGCAGCCCUGCCCCUGCGGCGGGCGGGGAGCCUCUGCGGCCCCCUGGACGGCGCGGCCCCGCCGCCGCCGGCGUCCCGGCCCCAGCGCUCCCGCUCUCUGCCGCAGCCCAAGCUCAGCGCCCAGCUGCCCAGCUGGCUCCUGGCCCCCGCCUCCCGCCACCAGCGCCGGCGCCCCUUCCUGAGCGGGGAUGAGGACCCCAAGGCGUCCACGCUCCGCGUCGUGGUCUUCGGCUCCGAUCGGAUUUCGGGGAAGGUGGCUCGGGCCUACAGCAAUCUGCGGCGGCUGGAGAACAACCGCCCCCUCCUCACGCGGUUGUUCAAACUCCAGUUCUUCUACGUGCCCGUCAAGCGGGGCUCCGGCGCCUGCCCCAGCCCUGCGAGCCAGACGCCCCCACUCCCCGCGGACUCCCCCAGGCAACCCAGCCCUGCAGAGCUGGAGAGCACCAAUGAUAUCUCCCACUACCUCGGCAUGCUCGACCCCUGGUACGAGCGCAACGUGCUGGGUCUCAUGCACCUGCCGCCGGAGGUCCUGUGCCAGCAGUCUCUGAAGGCUGAAUCCCGGCCCCUGGACGGCUCCUCUGCCCAGCUGCCCAUCCUGGCGGACAUGCUGCUCUACUACUGCCGUUUUGCCGCCCGGCCCGUGUUGCUGCAGGUCUAUCAGACCGAGCUGACCUUCGUCACCGGGGAGAAGAUGACAGAGAUCUUCCUCCACUCCCUGGAGCUGGGUCACUCUGCCGCCACACGUGCCAUCAAGGCUUCCGGUCCUGGCAGCAAGCGCCUGGGCAUCGAUGGUGACCGGGAGGCCAUCCCUCUAACACUACAGAUUAUUUACAGCAAGGGGGCCAUCAGUGGCCGAAGCCGCUGGAGCAGCAUGGAGAAGGUGUGCACGUCCGUGAACCUCAGCAAGGCCUGCCGGAAGCCGGAGGAGCUAGACUCCAGCAUGGAGGCCCUGACGCUAAACCUGACCGAAGUGGUGAAGAGGCAGAACCCCAAGUCCAAGAGGGGCUUCAACCAGAUCAGCAUGUCACAGAUCAAAGUGGACAAGAUACAGAUCAUCGGCUCCAACGGCUGCUCCUUUGCGGUGUGUCUGGACCAGGACGAGAGGAAGAUCGUGCAGAGUGUGGUCCGGUGUGAGGUCUCGCCCUGCUACAAGCCGGAGAAGAGCGGCCUCCGCCCCCAACCCCAGAGGACCCCCGACCAGCCGGCCCAGGCCGUGCCCGACCUCUGCUCCCUCCUCUGCCUGCCAAUCAUGACGUUCAGCGGAGCUCUGCCUUAGUGGGGCCCUCACCAGCGAGCGGGGAAGCCUCCUCGGAGCCCCUCCCCACGCAAGGGGGGCGGCCGUGAGGGUCUCGCUCCCUGUGGGGAACUGAACGGCCCUCUGUUGCGUUGGGUCCUGCUGUGGGUCCCUGCGGCUGGCAGGGGCUUGGCGGUUUCUGGGUCCUCGGGGCUCUGUUUAGGAAGGACACAGGGAUGAGGGAGGGCGCAGCUGGCCACGCAGCCCCUCAGAUCCCUCACGUAGACAGGAGAGGGAUGGAGGGGCUGACCUCCAAACGCACCGGCCACUAGUGUGGUGUGGGAUCCUUUCUGGAAAGAUCUGAGCCUCUGGUGCUCUGGGGUGUGGCUUAGGCCUCCUCUCCCAACGUUGGCCAGGCCCCCCCCUCACUUUGUCAAAGACUUGGGGAAGCCUUUAUAUCUGUGGUUCAGAGUCCCCUCUACUCUGCAGUUCAGGCGGGAGAAACAAGGAUAAGAAUUUCUUUCCAGACCUUCAGUACCCCACCCCCACUUCUCUCUCUCUCUCUCACACACACAUGCACACACACGCACACACACACGCACACACGCAAAUUCCCCGGGUAUUCUGAAAAACAGCACUAAUCCUUUACCUGCCUGCUGUCAGGACAUAGAAGACAUUCUCUUGCGAGCCCCUUUCUGGGUCUGAGAGCUGGGGGGACAGGACAGGCACAGAUUCAGGAGCAGCUCAAUUACCUUCUAGCUGAAUGACCAGAAGGAAGUUAAUUAGCCUCUUCCAGCCUCCGCCUCCUCGGCUCUACGACCUUCGACCUUCGGGGGUUGAAAAGAAAUUGUCCGCAAGGUGCCUGGCCCGUGGCUGGCUCAUGGCCAGUGCUCAGGAAAGAUUAGCAGCCUCACCCUUAGGCGCCGACUCCCCUUGUGUGGUGCUGGGACACUGUCACGGCCCCUGGGACAGUCCUCGUUCACGCCUUUCCGAUUCAUCAUUGAAGCAGGACCAAGACUGAGGAGGUGGGGAGGGGUCAGUUUUACCCUCCGAAGGAGGAACGACCUUGGCGGGGACAAGAGGAGGGUGGCACGGGAGUCCCCAGCCUUUGCCGACUUCUCUCCCAGAUGGGACCCCGUGACCCCGCUCCCGUGUCACUCCUCAGGCUGGUGCACAUUAUGUGCGGAGUCUUGCAGCCCAGAAGGUUCACGGGCACCGUUCUGGUGCCUGGGCGAGAUCCCAGAGCGGGUAGAUCAAGAGCCUGGCUUUGCGGGGCUUCGUGCCUGGCUGGGGGCAGGGCGGCGGGGGGGAGGGGGUGGCGGAACCCGAGAGCCAAAAAUGUUAAAGCUGCCAGGUGGGAGCGGUUUGGAAGGAAGCAAGUGCGCGCUAGGGUCAUGGGGUGGAGGGCAGGGCUGAGGACCGGGAUUUGGACCGUGGGGGUGGAGGAAGGUGACUGUAUCCCGCCCAGAGCCCCUCCGUUGCCUCCUCCUGCUUCACCCGCUCCAAAGCUGGUGGGCUUGCGGGAGCCCCUGAAACGCCAGCCAAGACAGCCUGAUGGAAGUGAACAGAGCUGUCCCCCCCGCCCCCGCCACCUGUCCAUGUUCCAGGCUCCAGAGAGCAGCCGACCGUAUACCCUUGAUAGUUUGUUGUUGCAUGAACAAGUUCUACUACAGGAUAAACAGAUAUCCAAGAAUGAAAACAGUUUAAUAUUAUUUUCGAAUAAAACGUGGUUAGUCUUGUACGC